AUGAACUCAGCAUAUUGGUGUUACAGAUGCAACCGAUUUGUUAGGGUGUGGACCGAGGAUUCGAUUGCUUGCCCCGAUUGCAACGGUGGCUUUGUAGAAGAAAUCGAAAAUGCGACCCAAUCUUCGCUGUCCGACUCCCGCAGACGGCGUUUUCCGGCCGCCACUAUGUACAUGAUGCGGGAUCCGGAGUCGGGACCUGGGUCGGUUUCCGGGUCGGGUUUGAGCUCCAGUCCGAGGCUUAGGAGGAACCGGAGAAAUGGGGGUGAUAGGUCACCGUUCAACCCGGUGAUUGUCCUCCGUGGGCCCAAUGAUGGUGGAGGCGGUGCCACGGCCGGAGGUGGAUUUGCACUGUACUAUGAUGACGGAGCAGGGUCGGGUUUACGUCCCUUACCAGAUAGCAUGUCGGAAUUUCUACUUGGGUCAGGUUUUGACAGAUUGCUGGAUCAAUUGUCCCAAAUUGAGGUGAAUGGUAUUGGGAGAAUUGAAAGUAAUCCGCCUGCAUCGAAGGCGGCAAUUGAAUCUAUGCCCACAGUCGAGAUAAUUGAUCAACAUAUAGCCACCGAAUCACAUUGUGCUGUUUGUAAAGAGGCCUUUGACUUCGGGAGUGAGGCUCGGGAAAUGCCCUGCAAGCAUUUAUAUCAUCAAGACUGCAUACUGCCAUGGCUUUCAUUGCGAAAUUCAUGUCCUGUUUGUAGACACGAAUUACCAACGGAUGAUGAUAAUAAUAAUGAUAGUAACUAUCAUCGUGAUACAACCUCGGUGAACAGAGGAGGGAACGAGAUUGUGAAUAAUGAUGAGACUGUUGGACUUACAAUAUGGAGGUUGCCAGGAGGUGGAUUCGCUGUGGGAAGGUUUUCCGGAGGGAGGAGAGGUGGGGAGAGAGAGUUGCCUGUUGUUUACACAGAGAUGGAUGGUGGGUUUAACAAUAAUGGGGUUCCGCGGAGGAUUUCAUGGGGGUCGAAUGGAAGUAUUUCGCAGGAAAGAGGCGGGUUGAGGAGAGUUCUCCGUGGUUUGUUCUCUUGUUUUGGCAGGAAUCAAUCAUCCACUUCUAGUUCUAGUUCGGAUUCUAGAAUAAGUCAGAGGAGUAGUUUCAGUUCCACAUCAAGACGCCGAAGAGGAUGGGAAUUUGAUGUUAAUGAAGGAAAUAACAGAAGAUGGUGA